AAACUGAACUACCUUUCGGCUCUCCUCGAAAACGGCGUUCGUUUUUUGAGCCUAUUUUUAAAGAACUAAAAAAAAAAAUUAAAAAAUGGAAAACGAAAUGUUUUAUAGCUUUAACAAUUUUAAAAGAAAAAACUAAAUUGUUUCGAAAAGCUUCAAAAGAAACAAAAAAAUGUAUCACUCAAAGCAUUCUAUUUCUAAAAGGAAUAAUAAAAGAACUUUCAAAAAUAAAUCCAAUUCCAUUUUUUGGGUUGAGAGAACCAUAUGAAUUGGGCGAAACUAAAAAGGAUUCGAUAAUCAGUAAUAAGAUGAUUCACAAAUCAUCCCUUCAAAUUCAAUCUAUGGCGUGGACAAAUUAUUCAUUAACCGAAAAAAAAAUAAAAGAUCUGACUAAGAGAACAAACACAAUCAAAAAUCAAAUACAAAAAAUUCUAAUUAUAAAAGACAAGAAAAACGAAUUUCUAACUCAAGAAAUAAAUAGUAGUUCUAACAAAAUAAGUUAUCAGGAUAAAAUAUUAGAAUCAUCAAAAAAAUUUUGGCAAAUAGUAAAAAGAAGAAAUAUUCGAUUAAUCCGGAAAUUCUAUUUUUUUAUAAAUUUUUUCAUUGAAAAGAUAUACAUGGAUAUUCUUCUAUAUAUCAUUAAUAUUCCAAGAACCAAUACCCAACUUUUUCUUGAAUCAACAAAAAAAAUGAUUGAGAACUUCAUUCACAAUAAUGAAGCAAAUCAAGAAAGAAUUAAUAAAACAACUAAAAAUACAACUCAUUUUAUUUCAACUAUAAAAACCUCACUUUCUUCACUUUCUAAUAUUAGUAUUAGAAAUAAAAAUGAAAAAGCUUUUUGUGACUUAUCCUCCCUCUCACAAGCAUAUGUAUUUUACAAAUUAUCACAAACCCAAGUUAUUAGUUUUUAUAAAUUCAAACCUAUCCUUCAAUAUCAUGGAACAUCUCUUUUUCUUAAAAAUGAAAUAAAAGAUUAUUUUGAAGAACGGGGAGUAUCUCAUUCCAGAUUAAGACAUCAUUAUGGGUUAAGACAGAAAAUUGUUUGGCAUUCUGGAAUGAAUGAAUGGAAAAACUGGUUAAGGAGUCGUUAUCAAUACGAUUUAGUUCAGAAUAGAUGGCUAAAAUUAGGACCAGGACAAUGGCGAAAUAAGGUCAAUCAACACUAUCUGGCUCAAAAUAAACAUUUAACAAAAUGGGAUUCAGAUGAAAAGAAAGAUUAAUUCAUUACGAAAAAAAAAUGAUUUUCAAGCGAACUCAUUACUAACUCAAGAAUAUAAACUGAAUCAAGAACAAAAAUAUAAAAAAUCUAAUUUUAAAAAACACUAUGGAUAUGAUUUUUUAUCAUAUAAAUC